ACCUCAUGAUCUGUUUGGUUGCCAAGAAAAGGAUGGAAAAGGAAGCAUUUUGGUUGAAUGUUCCCUUUUUCAGUUUGUUUUGAAGGAAACAUUGGGAUGAGAAUGAAAAAGCGUGGGACAUGGGAUCCCAAAAUCAAGGAUCCAGGAUCACACCAACACAAUGAGACCCCAGUGAGAAAAGAAAAACAAAGGCAUUCUGAGAAAAUUUUAUUGAGCCUCCUCAGAGAGAUAUCAGCUCCCUUUUCAUCCUCUGUCUACACUCCUUCCAAUGGUUGGAUCUUCGGCGGCAUCUCUGGCGAUUUUGAUCGACAGGAUUUGCCCCCUAGGUUCACAUGCAGCGCCAUCUUCGUUUGCUGGUUGGGUUCCUGUUUUAACAAGCAAUGGUGUAUGGGUUUGUCCCUAGCAGUAGUGGUAAAAGAGGAUGUGAUGAACUGCCAUGGUGACAUGGCUGAAAAGAAUGCAACUGGGAAGAUCAUGCUUCUGAAACACUGCAAUUAUUAAGGAGGAAGCUGUUUUAUGUCUGAAUGCUAUUUUAUUUUUAUGGAAUUCACACCAAAUUAGUGCUGCCACGUGGCAAAAUAUCACGCCCAUAUAUGUCAUGUCAUUGUGGAAGAUGGUAUGAACAGUUGAACAUUAACAAGCAUGUGAAAAUAUCAAAAUGGAUUUAACUCAUCCUUCUUGUUAAA